GGUCUUCACGAUUCAACAAAGAGAGAUCGAGUUCGACGAGUUUUGUUUAGAAAAGCACGUGUAUAUUUGUUAAUAAUUACCUAAGGUUGAAUGAAAAGUACCCUGUCAAGUUUAACAAAAUUACCAUGAGGUCCUGGUUUCACGAACAGUUAUUAGCUAGAGCAAUAGCAUCAGCAGUAUGGACCACAGUCUUACAAGUGCCUCUAGUUCUUGGACUGAAGUUAUUGUUUAGUGGAUACCAAGGACUGUGGAACUCUUUUUCGUUGUUCCUGCACUAUGGCUCCAUUUUCAGUCUCCUUAUGAUUCCACUUUGUAUCUGUGGAUUUACUUUCACUCAUCUUAAAUGCUACAGAGCUGAACCUUUGGUCUUUUCCACACGAUGGGCUGUUCUGAAGCAGUUAUCAAGCCCGUCUUUUCUUCUUCUCCUUGCUUGGUACUUCAACAUUACUGGAGUUCUCAUGAAUUCAUAUUUUGCAAUGGCUCUUCCUUUUCUGGGAUCAUUGAGUACCCAAUGUUCUGAAAGACAAGAGUGGUGCCUCAAUGAGCCCCAUUUGUUUGGUGUAUUCUUUGGCUGCUGGCUUGGCUUAUGUGAAGCUGGGGACUACUUCUUUUCUGAUAGAAGAAUUGUAAAGGUACCCCACGUCCAACUAAACAUCAAAGUAGCUGUCAGGUCCAGCAUCUCUUCUCUCAUCAAGAACUCUUUGAGUGUUUCCUUCAAGAGAUACGUUGUGUAUAUAUUUCUUUACUUGCUCUUUGGGGGCUUCGUUCGCUCCUAUAUUCUCGCCGUGACGAGGCUUGCAAUGGAUGAACCUCUGGAUACAUUUGUCACAUUGAUAAACAUCUCUUUGGCACUUCGAUGCAUCCUCAUCGGAUCGGCUUGUGUUUUUACCAUCAGACUUUCUGAUUUGUUUUUCCAAUUGUAUCAGAUAAAGCCGAUUUCUUUUCCUCUUCUACGCUUGGUUGAUGAGACGACACCUUUGCUUCAAGAGUCUCUGUCUUCGAAUUCCGCUCUACUUCGAUUAUGGGCUUGCAGAGACUGGAGCAUCUUGGCCGAGCAUAGUUCAGAACAGAGAUCUGUAAUUUUCUCCGUCAGCCAGCCAGGAAAUCAUCCCCACAACUGGAAUAACAUAUUUUCAGCGAUUCAACCUCAGUGUCUCCAUUUCAUUUCACUGCUCAAAGGUGAAAACAAAACUGCCAAGACAGAGAAAAAAGAAAUGCCUGCUCCACAAUCUCCAGCACCUUAUGAUACGUUUAGUAGCCCCGUACGAAUGCGCAGCAUGGCUCUGACCUCUCCAUCUAAGGUGUCGGAUUCACCUUCUCUGCCCAAAUCUACUUUGCAAUGCAAAAUCCAGUCUAAAUUGCAGGAGGCGCUAGAAAAUCUCAAAAAGAAGCCCGUCAUUAACUUCUUGUGGGGAGAGCUCCCGGAUGCUAAAAGAAGGCAAACGUUUGCUAAAGCUGAGCCGAUCAUUCUACUUGUUGAAGGACUUUCACAUUUCGUGGCGGCUUCUUUCGUUGAAGAUAAAUUUGGAGUAGUUCAAAAAGAUCUACCUGAAAUUCUUUCUAUGCUUCUGGACCUGCAGGCGGCUGUUGAACAACGCGGACCACCUAGUGGCGCGAUAACCAAGCGAACGGAAGCUUUUACCAGUUCUCCAACAGAUGUCCAACUGAAAUAUCGUCUCAAACGGGCAAUCAAAUCCUCCAUCUAUCGCAUUGUUGUUCGAUUUCAGCUUCACAUUUUGAAUGUUCCGCUGCCGCCUACCCAGAAAAGGAUGUUGGAACAAUACUUGGAAUUUAUCGUCGGCUAAAAGUAUUGUUUGUUUGUUUUUCUUUUCCUUCCUGAUUAAAAUAAUUUUUUUUAAAACUAAUGUGUACCCUUCAUCAAAAUGUGUGUUUCGUGUCUCCAAAAGGUGAAUGUACUGGAUCAAUUACGAAACACAUAAACUGAAACGGUGAUCCAUGA